AAGGCCUCACUCUCUCUCUCUCUGUGGGAGAACCGUCGAUGCCCCUGGGGCUUAGUUGGUCGUCGGAGAUGGGUGGCAAGGCGAAGGUGGUGGGCGUGAAGCGGGUGAAAGAGGGAAUGCCAGAGGAGGAGUGGGACGAGUCCAUGCUCCUCCCCGGCGACAUCAUCGAGGGCGUCGCCCCCGUGGUCGCCGACGCCGACGAGGACUCCGCCACCUUCACGUCAGCCAAGGGCCGGUCUGAGCUCAGCUCGCUGCUCGGCCGUCUCGGACGCCAGUCUGGGUCUGUCUGGGUGAAGGUCCGGCGGGGGGAUGCGGGGUUCCUCCUCCGUGCCCGCGUUGCACCACACCGAAGCUCGACGCUCCACCGCCGAUACACCCUCUGCGCCGACCGGGACGACCGCCAUGUCGCCAUGCUCGCUGACCUCACCAUGGACCGCUGCGCCGAGCUGCAGGAAAUGAGCAGAAAGGUGGUCAAUAUAGAUUUUGGUGCUUUCUCCAUGAAGAAGGGGAUCAAAUAUGAUUGGAAGAAGAAGGUGGGCACCUAUUUGCCCGACCGGCAGUCGACAGUCAUCAGCUCCAUCCUAUUCAUGCCCUUGCCUGACGAGCACAAAGUCGAGGCCGUCAUGACGAGGUCCAUGGCCUGGUUCUCUGCUGCCGUCUCCUCCGGUGCUCCACUCAUCUUUGUCAACAUUCAAACCGAGCAAAUCAUUGUCUCAGAUCAGACUGCAUCAUCUUCUGAAGGUCAGUGUUACAUAAGCUGGUACAAACAACAAAGUUCAAAACCAAACAUUGAGAUGGUGCAAGGAAUUCGGUUGUGGUUUCUGCCGGGUAUUGCAGAGGUGCCAGUGAUCUUGGAACUCAAUUUGGGCGAAACCCGUUUUGGAAUGGACAUUAAACGGACCGAGGAGGGAUUCAUCUGCAUCAAUUCAGUGACAAGAGGGCUAGCAGCUGACCGUGCCGGGGUUCGAAAGCUCUAUAGGGAGGCGAGCAAGGCCGGCCAUCUUGUUUUAAUCUCUCGGCUGGAUGGAAGAAGCCUAAUUCCAUCAGAGGUCUCGGCCAAGGGGCUUAUCCACUGUUGCGAUCACAACGAUAUCAAGGAGAGGCUUGCAGCUGCCAUGGAGCAGAUGGAGGAGGUUCAUCUUCACAUCAUGGCCUGGCCUGACCAAAAAUCUUCGACUUCCAUUCCUACCACCAUGGGUCCUUCAACUCUUCUGCCUCCUUCCACCAGAAAAUCUCGGACGGCAUCUAGCAAUGAACCGGACGAGAGCUCCUGAUGAUCAAAUAAUAUGUAUCAUGAUCAUGACCAUGCUGGCAACUUGAACUAUGAUGGGUAUUGGACCUUUCUGAUAUAUGUGUUAUGUAAAGCUAGCUUCCUUGUUAUAUAUGCGCCUUGCAUGCAUGGGACACGUAAAAAUUUAAGUCCCACGUAUGUUUUCUCUCAUAUAUAGAACGAUGCUCUUUCUCUGUGACCAAUUUAAACUUGUCCCGAGAUCUAGAAUGGCAGAAGGUUCCCAUGAGUUCAUGCAAGAACGUCAUGCCAUCAUUUUGUCCACAGAAAGUUUCUGCAAUCUAUUAAUAAAAUCAG